AUGAUUGGUGGGAGCCAAAAAUUAAGGUACAUCUCUCACAUUUUUCUAUAUGUCUUUCUUGUUUCUUUCAUUGCUAAAUUUCUUGGUUUGUUUAAAGUAGUUUUGAAUUUAGGCAUAUUCUUGAUGACUUGUGCACAUGGAGCUGGAAAUCGAAUGAGACAAGAUAUCUUUCAACAUUCUGGAGAGAUAGUUCAUAGACACUUUCAUAGUGUUUUAAAGGCCGUUUGUAAGCUUGCAAGAGAUAUCAUCAGAUCACAUCCAAAUUAUAAUGAUGGUUGUGAUGCUCACAAGCCAUGUAAACAAAGUAUCUCCCUUUCUUUAAAAAUUCCAGGAGCAAAAAAUGGAUCCCAAGUUUUUUAUUUUAGAUUCACUUCUUGUAGGAUUAUAUUGGAGCAAUUUAUGGCACAUAUGUUAAAGCUAGAUUACCGCAAGGAAGGAGCAGCUCACGAUAGUCGUAUAUUUGGUGAGGCCCUUCGUAGACAAGAGCUUAACUUUCCACAUCCACACGGAAACAAAUAUUAUCUAGUUGAUGUAGGAUAUUCACACAUGAAUGGAUACAUGGCUCCAUACAAAGAAAAUAAUGUGAGAUAUCACCUAGUUGAAUUUCGCCGCGGUGCAACUCAACAAUUGCGAGAGCCAAGAGGACGCAUUGAAAAAUUUAACUAUUUACAUUCUUCUUGUAGAAAUGUAGUAGAGCGCACAUUUGGCGUUUGGAAAGCAAGAUGGUCUAUUUUGAGAUACAUGUCUUACUAUCACAUUAACACACAAAGGGACAUCGUACUUGCUACUAUGGCCAUUCACAAUUAUAUUAGAAAGAAAUGCAAUGUGGAUGGUGCAUUCCAAACAGCCGAGAAUGAGAGCUAUAUUCCAUUGGUUGAUUCUAAUAUUGGCACAACUUCAAGAGCUAACAAUGUAGAUGUCGAAGACGUAAGAGAACAAAAUGAUGUCUAUUGGAUGGGGUUUCGUGAUAUGAUUGCUAGUGACAUUUCUAAUGCUUGA